UGUUUUCUUCACCUAAUAUUACUGCAAUAAUUGACACAGGCUCUUCUGUUAUGUUUGUACCUCCAAAUGACACAGCGGCAAUUCAUGAGCAAAUUCCAGGAGCCGUAUUAAAUAAUUUAAUUUUCUUACCAAGAACUGGUACUGAUUGCAUAUCGGCUAUUGUACCUCAGGAAUUUUCUUCUACUCGUGAUGUCUGGAUUGUCGGUCAAACAUUCCUUAAGAAUGUAUAUUCUGUAUAUGAUGUGGAAAACAGACGAGUUGGAUUUGCAC